AUGUCUGCAGGUGGUACUGAAAGUCUGGAAGAUAUCACUGUUGCAAGUAAGAACCAGCAUAACUCAGACUCGACACCACACACUACUCAGCCCAACCCCAAAUCGCGCAAGGACUUGUGGACCUUGAUUAAAGAAUCUAAAGACCAUGAUAAAAAGAAUUCAGAAGGCAACGCUACAUUAGAAACCACAAUCUAUGUGGUUGGAUCAAAAGGCUCUGGAAAGUCUUCCAUGAUUCUCGGAUUUCUCGACCGAGAUGAAACGCCAAGUCCAAGCGUUGCAUUGGAAUAUACUUUUGGUAGACGUACACGUGGAGUUAAUUCCACCAAGGAUGUAGUACAUAUCUGGGAGUUAGCUGGUGGUAUAUACUUGUCCGAUCUACUAGAAAUCCCCAUUACAGAAAGCAAUAUUCAUGUGUCUACAUUUCUGAUUGUUUUGGAUUUAUCAAAUCCAUCUACUAUUCUAGAUACACUUGAGCCACUUCUUGACAAGAUCAAAACCAAGGUGAACAAGGUUCUUGAUGGACUUGAGCAGCGAGGAUCAAAGCGACCUAAAGUAUUACGCAAUGCUGCUACAAAGCGAUAUGGUGUAGAUCAUCCUGAUAUAGAUUUGGUGACACUAUCUCCAGUUCCAAUUACAAUUAUUGGAUCUAAAUACGAUGAAAUGCAAAGUAUGGAAUCAGAGAUGCGUAAAAUGUUGUGCAAAAUGUUGCGCUACAUGGCACAUAUAAAUGGCGCAUCACUCAUAUUUGUCUCGCAAAAAGAUGAUACGCUGGCAUCACGAUCACGACACAUGAUGUCAUACCAUGGAUUUAAAAGUAAUGCACCUAAAUCAAUGGUUAUGGAUCACAACAAGCCUAUUCUUAUUAUGGCUGGACAAGAUACGUUUUGUGGAAUUGUGCAAGUUGUACAAGAUCGGAUUGAUUUGUCUAAAUUCCCUGAACAUGCAAUUGAUGUCGUGCGCGUACAAAAAGAGCAAGUUCUUGAAUCUAUUGUCAUCAUCCAUUACUGUUUUUAUUUAGUUGUGCUGAUACAUCAUUGGGUGUGUUGCUACAGUGAAGAGCUUGAACGUCUUCGUCGCGCUAAUGAUCGCAAAAUGAAAGACAAGGAUACGCUGGGUGAUAUGGCCUCUCUCACACUAGCUGGCUCAGGCAAGGAGCAAAAGAAAAAGGGAAAGUCAUAUUCUCGUGCAAAUGCGUCACUGAUGAGUGUCGCUUAA